CCGCCGCGCGGCUGGAAGGAGGCCACCCCCCCGGGCCGCGGGCUCACUCGUGCCUCUCUGUACGCCCCGGCGGGCUCCGAGGGCAGCGGAGAGGACGAGGAGGACGACGCCGACUACUACGAGAACCUGCCCGGAGGCUUCCAGCCUGCGUCCCAGCCUGAGGGGGCGGAGGCGGAGCUGUGGCCCCCGCCUCCCCUGGCCGUGGGCUCCUCCCCGGGGGCGGAGGGCGGCCGCCUGGAGACAGGCAGGCUGCAGACCCAGUUGCGAGAGGCCUAUUAUCUGCUGAUCCAGGCCAUGCACGACCUGCCCCCUGACUCCGGCGCGCGGCGGGGCGACCGGAGCUGGGGAGAUCGCUGUUGCCCUGCGGGAGCCCGGGCUCCGGGCCAGCCGCCUUCCCCCUGCGGCGCGGCGGACAGCCGAGCCUGCCCCCGAGACUGGGAGCGCGGAGGCGGCGGCCGCCCUUGGCAGCAGGUGUCCCCGCCCCGGUCGCCUCCUGGGGAGUCGGGGGGAGGCCGCCCACGGACUCCUCGGAUGCGGCUGUCCUGCAGCAGAAGUCUCGACAGCCUCCAGGUGGGUGCCAAAACGCCUCCCUUCCAGCGGUGGCCGAGCGACAGCUGGAUCUGGUGCGGUACGCGCGGGGAAGCGGAGGAGCCCCCGCCACGUGGAGGCGGGAUGGACGGCUGGAGCGGAGGCAGCGCCCCGGCCGCGUCGCCCGCGGGCCCCCGGCUUCCCAGCUCCCAGGACCCUGGCCGCUCCAUGGGAAGCCGCGGCAAAGGGGACGGCCAGGAGGGGCUCCCCUUCCUCAGGCCGCCCGCGGUGACAGUCAAGAAGCUGCAGAAGUGGAUGUACAAAGGACGUCUGCUGUCCUUGGGAAUGAAGGGUCGCGCCCGUAGGACACCCCCCGAUGGCACGGGUGCUCAGGCAACCUCUCCAAAUCUGGGCGCUUUGAAAAUGCGGGAAAGUCAGGUCCUGUCGGUGCCUCCAGACCAAAGAAUUACGCUGACAGAUUUAUUUGAAAAUGUCUAUGAAUCUUCAAUGAAGAGAAAUGAACUCGAAGAUCUGAAGGAUAAUAUUGGCUUCAGGGGUCAUCAGCCACUUAACAGCAUCACUGUGUCAAAGAAACGCAAUUGGCUAUAUCAAAGUACUCUGAGAUCUUUUAAUUUGGAAGAAGAAAAUAAGAAAUGCCAAGAUAUAAGUCAUUUAUCUGUUUCACCUAUUUCUCUACCUAAACAGCAGCUGUCACAACAUUUUCUCAAAUCAUCUGAAGGAUAUUGUACAUAUAUGGCGUGUAAUGCUACAAAUUCUUCAUUAUCAAGAAACUGUUCAUUAGACUUUAAUGAGGAAAAUGAUGCAGAUGAUGAAGGAGAAAUAUGGUACAACCCCAUCCCGGAGGAUGAUGACUUUGUUAUAUCAAAUGCCUUGAGUUUUGGUGAGACAGACUCUGCUGUUCUGAAGUUUCCUGAUGUCGGUUUGAAAGUAUUAUCUGGCAGUAACCUAAUGAAAGCAGAGCAGUGCACUGAAGACUUGCUCUGCUCUUCUGAACACACAGGCGAUGUUCAGACCACACAGUCAAACGCGAUAAAUCCUGUAGAUCCCAUCUGUCCCACAGAGUUUGUGCAGCAGUACAAGCAAAGGCAUAGACACAAGAUGCAAGAACGUACAAUUAUAGAGGACAGCCCCAUGUUGAAAUCUCCUUUUGCAGGUCCAGGGAGUGUAGCUGCUACAAACAAGACUGAUUUGGGAGUUAUGGAACCAUCUUCACCAAGCCCUAGCCCUGUGAAAAAAGGCAGUUCAAUAAAUUGGUCUUUCCCAGAUAAAAUAAAAUCUCCACGAACUGUGAGGAAACUUUCCAUGAAAAUGAAAAAGUUGCCAGAACUGAGCCGAAAACUGAGUGUUAAAGGAACCUUGAAUUAUGUGAACAGUCCAGAUAAUACUCCUUCUUUGUCUAAAUGUAACUGUCAAGAGAUUCAUCAUGCUGUUAUUCUACCUUCUGGGAAUACAACCACAGCUGCUAAGAGGAAUGUAAUAAGUCGGUACCAUCUUGAUACCAGUGUGUCUUCUCAGCACAGCUAUCAGAAGAAAACGUCCGUGAGUUCUAAGUAUUCCUGCAAAGGUGGUUACCUCAGUGAUGGAGAUUCACCUGAACUGAUAGCCAAAUCUAGCAAAUAUGGACCCGAAAACAAAUUUGCAAAAGGAAAAGACAUAAUUCCAAAUAGCAGCAGCAAGAAUGAAAUAGACAUUGAUGCUUUUAGACAUUACAGCUUUUCUGAUCAACCUAAGUGUUCACAGUACAUAUCUGGGCUCAUGAGUGUGCACUUCUAUGGUGCUGAGGAUUUAAAACCACCUAGGAUAGACUCAAAAGAUGUCUUUUGUGCAAUUCAGGUAGAUUCAGUGAACAAAGCCAGAACAGCUUUGCUCACAUGUCGAACAACGUUUUUAGACAUGGAUCACACUUUCAACAUAGAAAUUGAAAAUGCACAGCAUUUGAAAUUAGUAGUGUUUAGCUGGGAACCCACUCCAAGAAAAAACCGAGUGUGUUGUCAUGGAACUGUUGUUCUUCCCACCUUAUUCCGAGUGACAAAGACACAUCAAUUGGCUGUCAAACUUGAACCUAGAGGUCUUAUUUACGUAAAAGUGACUCUUUUGGAACAGUGGGAGAAUUCACUUCAUGGGCUAGAUAUAAAUCGAGAACCAGUAAUAUUUGGUGUUGAUAUUCGAAAAGUUGUAGAGAAAGAAAAUAUAGGCUUGAUGGUACCACUUCUGAUUCAGAAAUGUAUUAUGGAAAUUGAAAAGAGAGGCUGUCAGGUAGUAGGCGUAUACCGAUUAUGUGGCUCGGCAGCAGUCAAGAAAGAACUUCGAGAGGCUUUUGAGAGGGAUAGCAAAGCUGUUGGUCUGUGUGAAAGCCAGUACCCAGAUAUAAAUGUAAUAACAGGUGUUCUUAAGGAUUAUUUAAGAGAACUUCCUUCUCCUCUGAUAACAAAGCAGCUUUAUGAGGCUGUAUUAGAUGCAAUGGGAAAAAAUCCUUUGAAAAUGUCAUCAAAUGGUUGUGAGAAUGAUCCAGGUGAUUCUCAGUACACUGUUGGCCUUCUGGAUUGUCUGCCUGACGUUGAGAAGGCAACUCUAAUGAUGUUGUUGGAUCAUUUGAAAUUGGUGGCUUCUUAUCAUGAUGUGAAUAAGAUGACUUGCCAGAACUUGGCCGUGUGCUUUGGACCAGUAUUAUUAAGUCAGAGGCAAGAGACUUCCACCCAUAACAACAGAGUCUUUACUGAUUCCGAGGAACUUGCAACUGCUUUGGAUUUUAAAAAACAUAUUGAAGUUCUUCACUACUUACUUCAACUCUGGCCAGUGCAACGUUUAACUAUCAAAGAAUCAGCAGACAAUUUGUUCCCAGAGCAGAAGUCUUCUUUUAAUUAUUUGAGGCGGAAGAAAGAACGACCUUACCUUUUAAAUUUGAGUGGUACUGAAUCAUCAAGAGUACUCAGGCCAAGGCAAACCAGACUAGACAGUCCACUCAGUAAUCGUUAUGCAGGAGACUGGAGCAGCUGUGGAGAAAACUACUUUUUAAAUAACAAAGAAAAUUUAAAUACUGUGGAUUAUGAUGAUGUCCCUUCAGAAGACAGAGAAAAUGGAGAAAACUGUAGCAAAAUAUAUGAGCCAGAUAUCAUGAUUGAACAGCCAACUCCUCCGUCCAAAGAAUGCACAUUUCAGACAUAUUUGACAGUGCAGACAAUUGAGUCUAGAGUGGACCAAAAAGUCAAUCUCAAAGAUCUACAAGAAAGUAUUGAUACUUUGAUUGGAAAUCUAGAGCGUGAACUCAACAAAAACAAGCUUAAUAUGAGUGUUUAAGGUUGAGAGUUUUGCUUUUUCAUAACGUCUUAUGUUUCACAUCCAUCUUUCUCACUUUCUUUUCUCUCACAGUGAUGUUUUAAAUUUUUUACUCUUGAAACCUUCAGUUAUUUUCUAACAAGUUCAUGUAAUUCAAAAAACACCAUUCAUUACCAUAAUUUUUACUUAUUUCAUUAGGAAAUUUUUCUUGAGGUAAAGAUAACCUGGACUUCUUGUGGGUAUUUUUUAAAAUCUUGCCAAUGCUAUGGGUAUAAGUUUAAAAUGCACUUCUAAGGUUCAUGUAAGUUGUUAGCCCCUCAAGACUUUUGUACUUUAUAGGAACUGCUUUUCUGAAACAGACAUUCCUUCCAGUGGAAGGAGUGCAGCUGCUCCGUCUGAUUUGCAGUGUGAAUCCAUGCACACUGCAGUGCCGUUCCAUCACAUUUCAUUCACGAUGCAAAUGCUGCUGUGAGAAAACCUUUUUAUAAAUUUUUACUUUUUAUAAAGUAAAAUUAUACAAAUAUUAAUGUAUUCUGUGUUGACAUUCAGUAAUUAUUUAAACUUAAAAAAAUAAGUAUUUUUAUAAUCCCCAAUAUAUGUAUAUAUUUAUCAGCGCAUAUAUGUAUAGACAUUAGAAUGGGGGAAGGAUUGGCUGCAAAGUCACGAGUAAUCUCUAAAGUAUAUGUCAUGAGGCCAAAAUCAUUAGCUUAAAAAUGUCUUUUUCAGGGAAAGAACAUUUAAGUUAAAGGAGGAGUUGCACAGAAACACUUGAACCAAAACACUAGGAACAUCUAAAUAGAAAAAAUAGACUUUCAUUUUUGACUUACAGAAAGUCACAGUAUCCCCAGUGAGGAGUCAUCCUUUAAAUUGAAAUCUUCUAACAUUUUAAGGGAUUAAGUGCCAAGAUUUCUGCACUGGUGACUUAAAUUUAAAAAUCUUUACCUAUUUAUGCAUUUUUAUCUUCUGCUUUUUAAAACAAAGUAAUUAUACUUAGAACAUAUUUAUUUAUAAUAGUACAUAUAUAACUUUGACUUUAUAAUUACCUUCAUUUAUUUCUAAAGAAAUCUUGCCAGAAUACUACAUUAUUGAUUUUUUUAAAUUAACUUAUUUUGACUAAUUAUGUCUACAAGAUAGUCAUUAUAGUGAUCACAGCAGUGUUUGAAAAUGUAAAUUUAGAAGUCUUUUUUACUAAAUUGGAAUGUAUUUUUUUGUAAACUUUUAUACCUACAAAUGUGUAAUUUAAAAUUAUUAACAAAAUUUGAACUACCAACUUAAAGAUGUAGCAGCCAUUAAAAAAAAACUGACUUCUUGAUGUUUUUUUAAAUAUUAAAGUAUUAACUUUCUAUGCAAUAUACAUUGGUAAAUGGAAUACCAAGUAAUUUAAUUUGAAAAUUUACUUGUUAAAAGUCAGAUAAAUAACUAUUUUUAUAUGAAACUUUCAUUUUUAAAGCUUUAUAUAAUAAUUCAGAAAAAUACCAAAAGAAUAUGUGACAGAUAUAUAUUAUUGAGUAAAUGGUCAAAAGAAAUGUACCCUAAAUAUUUUGUAAGAAGACUGUCUUCUUCCUUUUGAGUGCUAUAUCAUAUACAUUAUAUGAAUUAGUACCAAAAAUGUAAAAGCUUUAUUAAAACAUUAUAACCUCGG